AUGGAUUUUCAUUUCAUCCUAACGCUUUCGUUGAUUGUGUUGACACUUUUGGUGGUGUUAAAGAACAAAGCUCGAACAAAAAGGCUUCCUCCUGGUCCAUGGAAGCUCCCUAUUAUAGGGAACCAACACCAACUCGGUGACUCACCCCAUAAAUCGAUUCAACUACUGUCCCGAAAACACGGGUCGAUGAUGUUCUUGCAACUCGGCGCCGUUCCGACGCUGGUUAUCUCUUCUGCCGAUGCUGCGAUGGCGAUCUUCAAAGGCGGCGGCACCGGCCAUGAUGUUGUGUUUUCCGGUAGACCUAUUGAUUUAUAUGUUGCCAAGAAGUUUAGUUAUAACUUAAACAGCAUAUCUUUCGCUCCGUAUGGUGAUUUAUGGAGGGAGAUGAGGAAGAUAGCGAUGGUGGAACUUCUGAGUUCAAAGAGGGUCAACUCGUUCCGUACUGUCAGAGAAGAAGAAGUUGCAGCAAUGGUGGAUCAUAUAGAGACGGCGGCGGCGGCGGUAAGUGCAGAUUUAACUCCGUGA